UGUAGAGCUCUUCCAUGUGAUUAAACCAUCUUUAAAGAUUUCUCUAUGCAUCAAUCAUCACUAAAAAUUAAUUAAUCACAGAUCUUAACAUGAAUAGAAUUUUCGUUAACACCCUAAACAAAGCUAUAUAACCCCCUGUCAACAUAUGUCCGUGCUCUUCAUUGCUCAUUCCCUCACCCACCACCUCAAAGAAUACAGAGAACAGAACACAAUUCAUCAGAAAUGGCAGCAGAAAGUGAAGAUCUAAGGCUGAGCCUUAGCCUUAGUUCCUCUCAGAGUUUCUUCCCUCUGAAGCUAACGCUGUUUCCUUCGUCGAACGGGCCUUCAAAGGCCCGAUUCGUCAAUGGUGAGGUCGAGGAGGAUGCAGGGGCGUGGUCGCCUGUCAGUACGUUGUCGAGUUUGAGUGGAAAGAGAAGCGAGAGGGACGACAAUGAGGGGGAUGAAGAUGGACAGAAUUCUCCAAAGAAGCUGAGGCUGUCCAAGGAUCAGACGACGAUACUCGAAGAAAGCUUCAAGGAGCACAAUACUCUCAAUCCUGUAAGCGGUCAUUGUCCUGUGAAUGACGAACACGUACAUCCGAAUUUGAUUUUUGAAUUUACUUUUGAAACUGAUCAAGUGGCCUUCUUCAUGGUCGAUUUGCAGAAGCAGAAGCAGGCAUUGGCAAAGCAGCUGAACCUGCGUCCGAGACAAGUGGAAGUCUGGUUCCAGAAUAGAAGAGCAAGGACCAAAUUGAAGCAAACAGAAGUCGAGUGUGAGUACCUGAAGAGAUGGUGCCAAAAACUAGCAGAAGAGAACAAGAGGCUACAAAAGGAAGUCGGGGAGCUGAGGGCCCUGAAAUCAGUAUCACCUCGGCUUCAGACGAACGCAGCUCCCCCCACGACCCUCAGCAUGUGCCCCUCGUGUGAGAGCACCACACCCUCUGCGCCCGCUCUCAACCCUUGGUCCUCUUAUUUUUUCACGGGGGCCUCUUGAUAUCAGUACCCGAGCUGGGUAUCGUUUCCUAAUUUGUUUAAAUUAACUAAUUCGGAAAUCAAAAUGAAGAUGCUGCGGAACGAUCAGCAGCAUUAAUUCUCUUCUUUGUGA